AUGGUUCUUAACACUGCCUAUACAAGCCCACAGAAUAUGAAAUCCCUACAGCACAAUCAGAAUAUUUUUGCUGAUCAUGCCUGCAGUUCACAACCUCCACCAACUGCUACCAUCUCAGAAUGCAACAUAGAUCCAGCCCUGUGUGAGGGGGGUGAUGUUGCUAGGCAAGGACUUCAUGCAAGGCUGGUAGGAUCUGAUCCAGAGGACAGUGAAUCUAGCAGUAGCAGCACCGGCACUGACAUUGACAAAGACAAUGACAAAGAGGAUGAGGAUGAAGGAGACAAAGGAGAGAAUAACAAAUCCCAGUUUGGUUGGGGGGAAGCUCACCAAUGGCAGAAGGGACAUCCAGAGUUUGAAUUUCAAUACUCACAUGAUGAAGAUGAUGACUCUGCCUGGAUGCAUCUCAACAACAGCAACCAGCCUCUGAACACCUUACCAGGAGUGCAGCAGGAACAGUCAGAUACUCAGUCAAAAGCCAAAAAAUCCAAGGGAUCUGAUGGGCCAAGGCCUGAUCAACUGGCUUGGUAUGGACCGCACUGGAAAAGUUUUCUCAAGGAGGCCAAAGGAGAGUGUCGCAGGCAGCAUGCCCUGGAGAACCCAUUCCCACCUUUAGUCAAGGAGAUGCUGGGAACCAUCUCCGAGGUUCUACUUUCAGUUUUGGUCGCAUGGGACAAGAAUGGUAGACAGUUCAAAGCUGGGGUCUGGCCAGAGCAGCAAUAUAACAUGACACAAUUGUUGUAUGACAACCUUUUGACUUGGUGGUCUGAUCUGAAGAAAACUGCAAUAAGCAUCACACCACUAUCAUACCCACUUUUGCCUCCACCUUUGGUUCCUCCUCAGCAAUGUGCAACUUGGGUUGAAAAUGCUGCAAAAGAUUUACUUCAGGGUGGCUUGUAUUUACAGUUUGGAAUAGAUGAGAAUGGGAGAAUGAGGAAUUUCACUAAUCCUGCCCUCCGUGAUACCUCCAUUGCCUUUUUUUACACAGGGCCUUACUGGAUUGCAUGGAGGCAGCCAGAUCAAUUUCGCACACAACUGCCUAUAUCAUGCUUAGCCUUAGUUGCCACAGUGUUCCACUGCAUCUUUGAUGGUCUUGAGAAGAAUAGUAGUGGUAAAUCUUAUCCAAAUUUCUCCUUGAAGGAAUACUUGCCCAUCUACCGCAAAAUGCUUGAAAUCAUCAAACAUACCCUCCAGGACAAAUAUUUCGGCCCUAGAUUGAUGGCACAACUUCGAGAAUGGGCUGAAGCUGGAUGGGCUGAAAAUCUCAAGCUCAAUGGCGGUGCUAUGGAGGUGAGACAUGACCACCUCCAGGUUAUUCUGGACUGA